AUGGAUAUCGCUCUCGAAUUCUGCGAUACCUUCUUCUUCGACCAUGUCUUUGCCAAAGUCUUUCCUGCGUCGCCUCCGCCCUACAGCUUUGACGGAGCUUCGAAUUCUACUAUCGCCAGCUUGAAAGCAGCCUCGCCAUGGCAAUACAAGCCCGCCACUUCCUUCGUCUCUUUUACGCCCCGCGACGCGGCAUACAUGAGCGAGUUGAACAGGGACAACAUCUACCGACAAGCUUUCUCUCUGUUCCUCAUUAUGUGGUUCGCUGGUGGCGCUCUCUACUUCAUAGUCUCAUCCCUCUCAUACAUCUUCGUCUUCGACAAGACCACCUUCAAACACCCAAAGUUCCUCAAGAACCAGAUCCGCCAGGAAAUCAGACAAGCCUGCGACGCCAUGCCCGUCAUGUCCCUCCUCACCAUGCCCUUCUUCCUUGCCGAAGUACGAGGCUACUCGAAACUCUACGAUAGCUUGGACAGCGAGCCUUUCAAAUAUUACAACCUCCUACAGUUCCCCUUCUUCAUCCUCUUCACCGAUAUGUUCGUCUACUUCAUACACCGCGGCUUGCACCACCCACUCGUCUACAAGACGCUUCACAAGCCCCACCACAAAUGGAUUAUGCCCACCCCAUACGCAGCGAUCGCAUUCCACCCCGUCGACGGCUGGGCGCAAUCUCUCCCCUACCACGUCUUCCCGUUCAUCUUCCCGCUUCAGAAGAUCGCUUACCUUGCACUCUUCUUCUUCGUCCAGGUUUGGACCGUCUUCAUCCACGACGGCGAGUACGUCGCAAACAGCCCCAUUCUCAACGGUGCCGCGUGCCACACUAUGCACCACUUGUACUUCAACUACAACUACGGACAAUACACCACACUAUGGGAUCGUCUGGGAGGUAGCUACCGCAAGCCUAACGAGGAGCUAUUCCGUAGGGAAAGCAAGAUGGGCCAAAAGGAGUGGGAGAGGCAAUGUAAGGAAAUGGAGGCGAUGGUCAAGGCUGUUGAAGGCGAGGAUGACAGAUCCUAUGGUGCUCCUGAGACUGUCAAGAAGAAUAUCUAA